AUGGAAACGAAAAAGUCAAGCUUUUGGUGGAUGAAAACGCCCCAACAAAAAACAUCAGCCCCAGAAGAAAGGGUCGCCAGAAAACCCUCAAUUCCCAAACUGGAUCUUAAAGGCAUACAACCUUCCGCUAGCCUAACUGAUAUUCUACAAAAAGACACCAUAGACUCAGAUGUAGAUGUAGGCAGUAUUAUCGAAGAAAUAAACAAAGUGGCAGCUCAAAGUCCUUUGGGGCCUUUCGAGAAGAGCAUAGGCGAGAGGAGUAUCGAUGAUAUCAUGAAAGAAGCUGAAAAGAUUUAUAUGGAAAGCUCCAAGAGUUUUGAACAGUUAAGUCAAAGAUCAAAAACAUCACAAAAUAUUUCAGAUAUCUUGAGCAGUAAUUCAAAACUGUCUACGCCGACACCUAAAAGUAUCAGUCCUUUGCCUUUAGACGGAGCAGACAGCUCAGAUUAUAGUGAAGAUUUUUCUGAAGCUGAAUCAGAAAAAUCCUACAAGAGCUCUUCAAAUUUAGAAAAAUUAUACAAAGCCGUUGAAGAUAUAGAAAACAGAAAAACUUCUUCAGCUUCAUCAGAUAACCAAAAAUCCUCUAGCCCCACUUCAAAAAUUGCAAAAUCUAUCAGUCUGGCUCAAAACGUCCUAGAAUCUCCCAUUCAAAGUCCAAAGGAAAGUCCUUAUAUGAGCACUAAAACUAGUCCUGCUAAGACACCAGAUAAACCUUCUACUCCUUUGAGAAAAAUGUCAGCAGAAGAACAAGAAGAUAAUGAAAAAAUGUAUGAUUUAAAACAGGAAAUUGAAAUCAGGAAUAAACUUAUCACGACAUUGGAGAAUGAUAAUGGAGCUUUGCGGAAUGAUGUUCAAACCUUGAAGCUGGAUCUCGCAACUACACAAGCCCUAAUUGAAAAAUUAAAAUCUGAUCUGAAUACCAAAACCCUAUCUUCUCCUGAAAUAAAUCGCGAACUGGAAAAAGCUUUAGAGGAACUUAAAGAUUCAAAAGAAAUAAACACUUCACUUCAACUUCAAUUGGACAAUGUAAACAAAUCUCAUCAGCUACUAAAAAGCUCCUACGAUGAUCUACAAACUUCGAGCAAAACCUUGGAAAGAAAAGUCUUAGAACUAGACUCAACCUUAGACAAAUACAAAGCUGAACUGUUCAACAUGCAGCAAAUCAAAAACAAACUUCUAGAAAACGAAGUCAGUAUAAACAAGCUUUUAGAAAUUGAAAAAUUGCAAACAAAAAGCCUGAAAUUACAAAACGACAAAGACUCCAAGUGCAUUCAAGAUUUAAACAGACAAAUUAAAGAAAUGGAACGAAUUAUUGCAAGAAAACAUCCAGAUUCCGUUUCAGCCCUUAUAGUUGCAGCCAAAGAAAAUUGUGCCGACACAAACCUAACAGCUAGAAAACUAUUAGAAGACCGCAUUAAAACAUUGGAACAAGAAGUGAGCAACAGAGAUUCACAUUCCUCAAAAGUUUUCCUCGACAUCCAAGACAAAUUCAAUCAAAUGAAGAACAAAUACGAAAGUCACAUUGAAGACUUGGAGCUUCACGUAAGCGACCUCAAAGGCCAAUUAAAACGCAAAAUAGACACCUAUGAUGUUUACACUCAGACGUUUUUUGUGGAGAAAAUCGCACGCAAAGAGACAUUUACUAUAGCGAUCCAAACUGAUGCUGUUGUCAAUAAACCAAAAAAAAUAGACAAUAAAAAUAAAGACGAUGCUCAUUUGUUGGCUACAAUCAGAGGCUUGCAAGCCGACUUGACCAACAAAGAAAAAGUGAUUGUUAAACUGCAAAAAGAAGUUGAAGAAAUGAAGAAAACAAACAAGAGAUUGCAAAAGGAGCGAGAGGGUAGUUUAAGGAAUCUCAGCGAUAGAAGGGACUUUAGGAGCUAUCCGGAAAAGUUGGCAUCGCACUCUAGGUCGGACAGUGUGCAAGAUUUCCGCAAGGAAGAAGAAUUGCAACAGCUGAAGCUGGAACGGAACCGGUUGAAGCAGCAAUUGGCCAGAUUGGAGGAAGAUUAUCAGGCUUUGAAGAAAAAACGAUUGGAUGAUCUAACCGCUCUUCAAGAAGCCCACGAACGAGAAAUCUCCAACUACGUUUCGGGCGUGACCCCCCUCAGGGAACAGCUCGAACUCCAACAAGUUUCCAUAGGCACUCUUCAGAAUCAACUGACAAAAACCAGAGAAGAAUUGGCAGUUGCCUCAGUAGAACGCGAUCAUUUGAAUAAGCGAAUGAUAAAUAGUAUACAGUGUGGUGGAUCCAUAAUGAUGGACGGUAGUGGAGAUGCUAUGGAAGUGGAAGCUUUACACAAAAAAAUUUCGUUUUUGGAAAAACGUUACGAGGAACGUGAGUAUCGACUGCGUGCAAUUGUACAGAGUUUAGCACAGAAGACUAUUUCGAACAGAAGCUGUCAACAGUGUGCUGAGAGGCAACAGCAACUGAUUGGCUAUAAAGUUGAACUAGAUCAGCUUUUAGCUACAGUGAGGGCCCUUAAAUAA